AGGAAAUCAAUCACAAAGCAUAAUCAGCACUAACAGAGGAAAACUGCUUCUGCUCAAGAAAUAUCACAAAAGUGGAACUAUAAAUGAAUACUGUAAUUCUGUAAUUUUAAAACAGGGAUAUCUCAGGAAUAUUACUGGUGGAUUCUCUUUGUGAAAUCCCUGCCAAGUCUGGUUCACCUGGACAACUGUUAAAAUACAUUUUCCAUUGUAGCAGUUUCAGAAUGUUAUACCAUGAAGAUAUAUGAUGACAACAUCUGACACUGCAAAGCAAAAAAACAGAAGAAUAUCAAGCUUCUACGUUUUAACAUUGCAUCCUCAGCUAGAUGACAUGACUAAGUCCAUAUACAUUGCUCUUGUUUUUUCAGGGCUUUUAUUUCAGCUCGUACUGCUUGCAGCUGGAUACAGCUUCCAAAACUGUAUAGAAAACCCAUCACAAAAUAAUUCAUUCAACUGCAUUCACCGUAGGCAAAGGAACAUAUCUGCACUGGUUGGAGAUCUACCUUCCUGGGCUACAGUUCUCAACGUCUCCCAUAAUUAUCUGCAAGACAUUCCAGAAAGUUCAUUUUCCCAGCUCCGCCAGCUGAAAACCCUUAGAAUGGAUUCUAAUAACUUACAAAAUAUAAGUGACAAUGCCUUUUCUGGUUUGGGACACUUGGAAACCUUGAAUCUGUCUUCCAAUAACAUUGCCCAUCUCAGUUCUGCAGCAUUUGCUGACCUUGUUAACCUAACUUGGCUUAUCCUGAGCAACAAUGUUUUGCAAAAUUUGUCAACCCAAAUUUUUUCAGGACUUUCAAAUUUAGAAAUUUUAAGUUUGCGCGCAAACAGUUUGAUUAAUUUCUCAGAGAUAACUGAAUCGGUAACACAUCUGUCACAGCUUAGGGAAUUAGACCUUUGUGGUAAUAGUUUGUCAUCUCUUCAGCAUUUCUCUGGCUUUCCUCGGUCCCUUGCCAUCCUCUACUUGUGUAAAAACCAUCUUGCCACGUUAUCAUGUGAGUAUAGCUUUCUUAGCAAUAUCCACUUAUUGGACCUGUCAUACAACAUGCAACUCCAAUCAAGUGCCUUACAGAAUCUAAAUCUGAAGAAUAUUAAUUCACUACAUUUGGGUUUCACCCAAGUCUCACCCUAUCAGCUUUUGAAUGACAGCAGUGUGAACCCAGGUCAUGUGGAUUUCUCAGGUAUGAAUUUAUCAACUAAAAAUCUUCUGGAAAACCUGUGCAGUCUUUUGAAAAACAGAAAUGCCAGUUUGCAUAUGCUAAAUCUUCAGAACAAUGGGAUUCGAAACCUGGAGAGAGCAAUAUUCUCUACCUGCCCCUUGUUUAAAACAAUCAAUCUGUCUCACAACAAGUUAAAAAAAACAAAUUGUCUAAGUUUUCUCGAAGAUCAGAAAUCAUUGGUAGAAGUCAUUUUGGAGCACAACCGUCUCAAUGGCCUUGAAAAUUGCUCAAGGAGCUUGCGUUUUCAUAAUGUGACUCAAUUAAGUUACCGCUACAACCGAAUCCUCAGUGUGAAAUCCCAUGCAUUUACCCCAACUCCUAGACUACAGGUCCUCAAACUGAACAUAAAUAACAUUGCAUAUAUGGUAAAGAGAGCAUUCAAAGGAUUAAAAGACUUAAUCACACUCCGUCUUGACAAUAAUCUUCUGACGGACCUCUAUGAGGAAAGUUUUGUGGGCUUGGACAGAUUGCAGAUCCUUAACCUUCGUAACAAUCGCAUUGCAGUCAUUUUCAAUAAGACAUUCCACACCCUUAAUCAGCUGAAUAUUCUAGAUCUAGGUGGAAAUAAGAUUUCGCAUCUUCAACCUGAAGCAUUUGUGGGCCUUAAAAACCUCAAAAACCUGUACUUGGACCGAAACUAUCUGAAAGAAAUUUACAGAGAGCAGUUUGAGCAUGUACAAGUUACACUGCAAGUCCUGGACCUUCAAAGGAACUUGAUCCACUUCAUGUCCAUCCAUACAAGCUCUCCAUUUGUGAAACUAUCUAAGCUGCAAGACUUAAAAUUGGAUGGACAGCAGCCAUUUGGGAUUACCUUGUUGCCUCAUGGAUUUUUCCAAGGUCUCAAAUCUCUUAAAUCCCUCUAUCUCACAAAUAAUAAGAUCUAUACUUUCCAAACUGAUACAUUUGAUGACUUAAUCAGCCUGGAAUUCCUAUCUUUGGACAACUGCUGUAGGGGAGUUGCACCACUACGGCCAGGAAUUUUCAAAAACCUUCGCAAUCUUAAGAGACUCUCUGCAGAGAACAUAGGCACAGAAACACUUUCAGCAAAAGUUUUUGGUAACCUUACCAAGCUGCAUAUCUUGCAGCUGACCCAUAACAACAUAAAGUCUGUGGAUUCUGCUCUCUUAAACCAGCUUCCCAAUCUACGCUACCUUGACCUUCGUCUCUGUCCCUUAAGUUGUACAUGCAUUAACAGCUGGUUACAGAACUGGACUAAGAAUAACAACAAAGUUCAGCUUGUCUACUUAUAUAAUCUAACCUGCCCAGACCUUUCACAGUCUAAUUUCUACAGCUUUGACCUCAAAGUAUGUUACCAGGACUUUGGUGUUUAUCUUUUUGCCACCACCAGCGCCUUGCUUUUUUUGAUGACUGUUUUUCCAUUGCUCUAUGUUAAGCUCUACUGGCACUUAAAAUACACUUAUUAUGCGUUUUCAUCCUGGUUUGGUGAGUAUUGGCGUCGACUUCAAGAUAAUGAAGAGCAAUGGAAAUAUGAUGCAUUCAUCUCCUAUAACUCUGCAGAUGAGAAAUGGGUGCUAAAUGAGUUGCUGCCAAAUUUAGAAGGGAGGGAGUCUUCAUACCGGCUCUGCCUGCAUCACAGAGACUUUGAAGUAGGACGAAAUAUUGUGGAUAAUAUUGUGUCAGCAAUAUAUGCCAGCCGUAAGACACUUUGUGUCGUGAGCCAACACUACCUCAGCAGUGAAUGGUGUUCUCUGGAGAUUCAGCUAGCCAGUUACCGCCUUUUCCAUGAAUAUCGAGAUGUGUUGAUACUGGUCUUCCUUGAGCCAAUAUCAGAGAGGCAAUUGUCUGUCUAUCACCGCAUGAGGAAAGUCAUGCUCAGGAAGACUUACUUGCAAUGGCCAAGCCCUGACUGCUCAGACCCUGUUCAAGCACAGGAACUCUUCUGGAGUCAGCUUAGGAGAGCACUGAGGAGUAGCAGCAUUAAUCAACAUGGUGAGAAAGUGCAAGAAGUAAGGGAAGAGCACUGUCCUAUUAAUGAAGUGACUGAUGAUGAAAUCAGUUAUUUAAUGCCCUGAUUGUAAAUGCUCAUCACCUUUUGUAACACCUGCAGUUAUCAAUCCUGGAAGUGAAUCUUAAUCUUCUAACUAGAUUCAGCAUUGAUAUCUUUUCAUAAUAAGAAAUUAUAGGCAGAAACUAAGCUUUGCUAUAUUUAUCUUCAUAUGUAUUUUUUAACAACAAGAUGGAAAUGUGGUCAGCAUAACAGCCUUAUACCUGUGAGCUCGAUUCCUGUCCCAAGCUGUCUGUGGGGAGUAUGCAUAUUCUCCCUGUGUUAGCUGAAGGUUCCUUUCAGUACUGCCAAAGUCCAGAAGCAUGUGGUUGGUUAAACUGGUAUGUGAGUGUGUGCUCUGGAAUGGUUUGGCAUCCCGUCCUGAGUUUUCCCAUGUGCUGUGCUUCCUGGGAUUGGCACCAGGCUUGCCCUAACUCUGCAUGUAGUUUUUUGUGUACUCUGCAUGAUAUGA